AUCUGAUCGUUUUGGAAUUUAAACACAAAUGUCACAAAAAGAAAAACAAAUAAAACCUGAAUUAGUUGAGUUUCCAUUUCCUGGUUAGAAGUGAAACGACCAGGCGGCGCAGAGUGUGAUGUCAUCUGAUGUUGGCGCUACACCUGGCUGGAGUAAACAGGAAGUAGAGGUUGCUAACAGGAAGUAGAGGUUGCUAGCUACAUGGGGUUGGUUCCUCUGAGACACCGGUGCCGGCUAACACGUCUCCAUCUCCUCUUUGGAAAAACUUUUGUUUCAAAUUUUUCCGUUUCCAUCGAGAUUUUUGAAUAUUCAAAAAACUGUUGAUGGAGAAACGACAGCGGCUCCAAGUUCUGUCCAGUUUCUGCUCCAGUCUGGGCUCCUUCUGCACCAAUCACUGCAUUAAUGCGGCGUGGCGCGGAGGAGGCCAGACGGACCGGUUCUGUUGAGGUUCUGGAAGCCUCUGGCUCGUUGUUGGUUCCGUUGUUUCUUCUCUUCCUCCACUUUUCCAGCCUGGCUGGUUGGUUUAACCUGGAGUUCCUGGUUAGUUUCAGACAGAACUGGAGAGUUCAUAAGAGAAAUGUUUAGAUUUAUAGUAAACGUUUCCAGUAAUCCUCCCUGAGUCGACCCAGAUGUAAAGUUCUGCUUCCUGCACCAGCGCCUUUCUCUGCGGAAGCAGCUGGUUCUUCCCGGUCUCCGUUAGCGACGAUGCGUGGCUAAUAUGCAAUCAGGCAGGAUGUCAGGUUUGAUUUGUGAAAACAGCCACAGCUGAUGAAUAUGGAAGCAAAGCUUCAGCUUUCAUUCAAACAUCAGGAGGAAACAUGGAAACAUGACGGUUCUGCACAUCUGGACCCAAAGCAGCAGCUGGAACCAGGAGGUGGAGCACGCUGAGGCUAACUGGGGUCAAGAGGUCAUUGUUGUGUGGAGCAUUCAGUCAGACGUGGCGCGGCUUCAGGAUGGAGACGAGUCCGCUGUGAAAAAUGAGUUAUGUUUUCAAAAAGGUCAAAAUGUUCCUACAGUGGUUGGGGUGCGGUCAGGACGAAGGACUUGGCAACAUUUCAGACUCUUUAGUGACUUUUUAUCAAAAAGAUGAGCAACAAAUCUAGAAACUUUCUGUUGUUGAGACUUUUACUGCGACUGCGCUCUGCAGCAGAGGACAGCCGCUCCACUCCGAGGCCACGUUGCUAAUCUAGCUAGCAUCGCUGCUAUUCCAGCUCCUGGCUCACCACCAGGUGGCGUCUGAGUGAGAUGGGUCCAUAUCUGAACACAGGAAUGACAGGAACCAAUCUGGACCGGAACCAACAGGAAAAUUCACCUGCAGAACCACCAUUCAACCCAAAGAGGGCAGCAUUGAGACUGAUUUAGUUAAAAUUUACAGUUAAACAAAUUUACCAAAAUGUAAAUUUUCACAGAAACAUCAAGAUAAAACCAUAAAUGAGCAGCAAAUACAUGAGCAUGAUUAACAGCACUAAGGCCCUCCUCCUGGCCCUGGUUGUGUCUGACUUGUCAGAUGACAGCAGGUCCACAGUCACCAUGGUAACACGCGGACCAGAUAUGGAAAAACCUUUUAUAAGUUACAUGUUGCAGCGGAUGUAGAGUCUGAAUCGGACCCGAUGAAUCGGACCCGAUGAAUCGGACCUGAUCUAAACAUUUAGAUUAUCGGUAGAAAAAGAAAAGUUGUUUUGUUGUUCAGCUCAGUUUGACAUGAACUGAAUGUGAGGAUUUGGUUCGUUUAGUUUCUGCUGUCGUCUUUUGACUUUUGUUCAUUUCCUCUACAAACCUGAGUUCACCGAUUUUACCUCAGCAGCAACAAAACCACCAAUCAUGACCAGCAGGAAGUUCUGCUUGGAAAAGUGGAUGAAGAAAAGACGCAUCAUGCAGGCUGACGCAGAACGGCGCCCCCUAGCGGAGCAGCAGGGAUGUUCCUCUCUCUCUCUCUCUCUCUCUCUCUCUCUCUCUCUCUCUCUCCUCCAAUCUGCGCGCGGUGACGCUGCGUUAAAAGCUCCAGUCCAGCUUCAUCCUGCUCCUCAUCCUCAUGUUUACCCCCGGACCCCCCCCUCUCUCUCUGUCUCUCUCUCUCUCUCGGUGACUCGGUUCUGUUUCUGCUCUCCAGCUGCAGCGCAGUGAUCGCAGUGAUCGCGGCGUGGGCCGCGGCUUUUCACGGGACGUAGAGGACAGCUCUGAUUUCCGGGGACUUUCCACUCUAAGGUGACGUUUCUCCUCCAGAACCGGACCGCCCGCUUCCUGUUUGGCUUCUGGACCAGAGCGGGACGAAGAGAGCCGAGCCGCGCGCGCGCUGCCAGGUCCGGACGGGACCGGACGGGACCGGACGGGAUCGUGGGUCCAGCUGCCUGUUUCCUGUUGAUCCGCGCAGGGAAGAGACGCGAACAGGACCGGGUGGAGGAGUUAGAGCCGCCGGUCCGAACCGAGCCGAACCCGGGCUGUGAAGGCUGAGCCGGUCCUGAAGACGGCCAGUGGAGAUGGUUCCGACCCGCUGUCCGCGCUCCUGCUGCGGCUGGCGGCCGCUCUCAUCAACAUCUGCAGCGAUGUAGUCAGCCUCUUCAUCUGCGUCCUCCUCAUCCUCAGCGACCCGACCCACCUGAAGAUGAUCCUGCUGCGCCGGUUCCGAGUCCUCAUCCUCACCGUCUUCCUGGUGGCCUGCUCCCUGCACAUCAUGGUGGACCUGCUCCCCAAGCUGGAGCGCCAGGGCGCCGGCUGCUCCUGCUCGCACGGCCCGGCCCAGGCUCCGGAGCGCGGCUGGGCCGAACCGGGCUGGCCCGACAAGCACACGCUGCGGAUCCUGCAGGACUUCAGCAGCGAGCCCGGAUCCAACGCGUCCUCCCGAGCCCUGGACCGGCUCCCUUUGGACGGGGCGCCGGCCCCGGAGCCGCCGGGCCCGCGGGGCGACAGGAGCAGACUCUUCCUCCAGGGGCUGGCGGCGGCCCGGCUCGGUCCGGCCCGGGGUUCGAGGCUGGCGCUGCUGUUCGAGCAUCCCCUCUAUAGACGAUCUGUGCCGCCGCUGACGGAGGAAGACACGCUGUUCAACGUCAACACGGACAUCAGGUUCGACCCCAAAGCGGCGGAGAACCAGGCAUGGACCGGCGAGGGCGCCGAUGACGAGCUGAGCCCGGCGGGCGAGCUGACGGCCGAGUCGUACCCCAACUGGCUGCGCUUCCACAUCGGGAUCAACCGCUACGAGCUUUACGGCCGGCACAGCCCGGUGGUGGAGGCGCUGCUCAGGGACCUGCUGACCCAGAGGAUCACCAGCGUGGCCAUGAAGUCUGGAGGAACGCAGCUGAAGCUCAUCAUGACCUUCCACAACUACGGCCAGGCGCUCUUCAAGCCCAUGAAACAGACCCGGGAGCAGGAAACCCCGCCUGACUUCUUCUACUUCUCUGACUUUGAGAGACACAACGCAGAGAUCGCAGCCUUUCACCUGGACAAGAUCCUGGACUUCCGCCGAGUCCCUCCAGUCGCCGGCCGGCUGCUCAACAUGACCAAAGAGAUCCGAGACGUAACCAGAGACAAGAAGCUGUGGAGAACCUUCUUCAUUUCCCCAGCCAACAACGUGUGUUUCUACGGCGAAUGCUCCUACUACUGCUCCACUGAACACGCUCUGUGUGGGAAACCGGACCGGAUCGAGGGAUCGCUGGCCGCCUUCCUGCCCGACCUGGCUCUGGCCAAGCGCAAGACCUGGAGGAACCCCUGGAGGCGCUCCUACCACAAGCGCAAGAAGGCAGAGUGGGAAGUGGACCCGGAUUACUGCGAGGAGGUGAAGCAGACGCCGCCGUACGACAGCGGCUCGCGGCUGCUGGACGUCAUGGACAUGACGGUCUUUGACUUCCUGAUGGGAAACAUGGACCGGCACCACUACGAGACGUUUGAGAAGUUCGGAAACGAGACUUUCAUCAUCCACCUGGACAACGGCAGAGGCUUUGGGAAACAUUCUCAUGAUGAGAUGUCCAUCCUGGUUCCUCUGCUGCAGUGCUGCAGGGUCAGGAAGUCCACCCACCUGCGUCUGCAGCUGCUGGCGAAGGAGGAGUACAAGCUGUCGGUUCUGAUGGCCGAGUCCAUGACGCGGGACCGGCUGGACCCGAUUCUCAUCCAGCCUCACCUGGACGCCAUGGACCGCCGCCUGCGCCUGGUCCUGAAGGCGCUGUCUGACUGCAUCGACAAGGAGGGCUACGGCUACGUGGUGGAGGACGACCUGCAGGGGGCGCCGGGGGCCCGCAGCGGCCCCAGGACGAGGUAGCCAGGGGCUGGGUCCGACCCGCUCCCAGGAGAACCGACUGGACCGCAAUCUGAAGCCCAAACCGAGCCAGAACCACCGGGUUUCACCUGGACUCCUUCAAAUCAACAUGUAGCUUAGAACCAACCGGGUCAGACACGGGUCGUAGGUUAGAACCGGGUCAAACCCAGAACAUGGGCUCUGGUUACGGAGUCAGGUUCCAUUCAGAGAAUUCUGAGGGAAUCAAACUUCCAAACUCACUUCCUUAGUGUGAGCUGCAGACUUUUACCACAGAAGAAGAACUGGAGCUGCAGACUUUUACCACAGAAGAAGAACUGGAGCUGCAGACUUUUACCACAG